AUGGAUUCGCCUAAGAACGAAAGUUCAUCGACCUCAACUACGACCGAAAAAACGAAGACUCCGGAUUUAAUUUUUGCUGAGUUUGAAUCUAGCAGUAACGUGAAAUCAAUUCGUAAACUUUUAGAGAAGGAAAAAAUCGACUCGACGUCUACAGUGAAAUCGAUAUUAAGACCUAUUUAUGUGCCAGAUGAAGAAACCGACGAGGUAACUCGUGUUGUAAACUAUGGAUUACCUGUUAAGGCAGACGAGAAUAAGGACACAAAACCAACGUCAAGUGAUUCGACCGACUAUUUUUCUAUGUACAAUAAUUUGUAUAAUAAUGAACCCGUUCCUGUAUACGUUCCUUCUACAACUAUUAUGACUACUACGAGUACUGCUUCUCCAACAACCACAACAACUACAUCAAACCCGAUGAAUGUAGAAAAUAUUUGGCAUAUAAUUGAUAACCAAAAAUACGAUGAAUACGCUGGAAAGUGGGAGGAAGAAGUUGUUGCAGACGAAAAUACUGAAGAUGCAAGUCAGGAUGGAAAUAUGGACAAUCAUACAGAACAAUCAGAAAAUAGCGACAAACAAGGACAAGUACCUCUCGAUGAAAAUUUUGCUUUACCAGGAUUUACGUCAAAUCCUGGAAACGGAGCAGAAAACGAGUCUCGUGCUAUUCGUACAGAACCUAAAUUUAGAUUUCCUUAUGUGAAUCUGAAACCAUUUCAAGUGAAAGACUUAAAGAAACCUUCAGGUCAUAGCAAAACAGGGAACAACAUGUUUAAUUUAAAUGAUUUUCGAGAUGUUAAGAAUCCGGUGAGAGGUGAAGCACAAGACGUGGUACCUAUUCGUCAACCGAUAGAUCGUUAUAAUCCAGCACAACCUUACCUUCCACAACCGUAUGGUGGAAAUUCUAAACAAUCUGGUGGAUACUCAGCACCUGAGAAGGCAGUUGCAAACCUAGUUCCACCACCACCCCCUCCACCAAAACUGACAGAUAACGAUUUCCCGGCUCCUUCUAGUUAUGAGUCGUUCCCUCCUUAUGCUUCUGCCUCAGCUCCGAACCCCAGUCCUGCGCCUCCAGCAGCUUCACCGCUUCCAUCUCUACCUGUCUCAAAACCAGUUAUUACCAUGUAUCAACCUCCAAUUAUUGAUUCAUCUGACAGCUCUGACGCGAUUUUACCACCGUCUGAUGAUAUGGGACCACCAACUGACCUUGGAUAUCACUACCAGCAACCCCCGACGCAAUUUUUACCAACUGUUCCCCCAAUGAAGACAAAACCUUUCAACGGCUAUUCAUACAAUAAGCCGUCACUUACUCUUGAUACACCCCCAGCAUUGAGUUCGGAUGAAAAGCCUGAAUUUCAAGGAUAUGUUUACAGCAAACCUGAACCCCCUUCUAUGUCGGAUGAUCACAUGGCACACAAUCACCCACUUCAUAGUCACGUCCCUUCAAACAAUGACCAUCACGACUCAGACUAUCCUGAACUCAUUUAUAAUAAGCCACAUGAUGGUAUGAGUGAUGCAAAGGGUGGAAGCGACAUGAAAGGGACCGAUAUGGCACCUCCUCCACUGCCUUACGGCCAUGGUCCAUCUAUGGAUGCUGGUGCUUCGAUUGACCAAGGUUUUCCUCACGAUUUUCCUGGAGAUUUCAAAUUUCAUCAUGAUUUUGACGAUCACGAUUAUCAUCACCAUCAUCAUCCCCAUCCAACAACUACAACUACAACAGAACAACCUCGAGUAAACCGAUACAGCUAUUAUUAUUUAGGAAAGAAGUUAUACUAUCUGCCCUUGUAUUUCAGUGUCUAUUUUAUUAUAUACGUGGGUGCUCUUAUAAUCAAGGCAGUCCUUCGUCACAAGAUUGUAUACCCAAAUAGUUGGCGGCCUAAUGGUACAACUGCAUCUUUUUUCUCUAAGCGCUCUGUGGAUUCGUGGGACCUUUCCAAUGAAAACAUACAUGAAAUUACUGGAAAGGUCACGCACGCGAUCGCUUCAGCUGCAGAAAAAUAUAUGGAUAAAAAGAAAAAGUAAGAAGAACAAUGAAUUCAUAAAAAAAUAUAUCCUUAUUUUGUUUUAUUGUAAAUAAUAGAUAGGCUAUUUAGUUGCAAACUGGACACAUUUAAAACAAGUGAUUUCGUCUGAUCUACGUGCAUUUUUGAAUGGUGUUCAUUAUUACAACUAUGAUAAGUAUUGUUUUCUUUAGAACAUGUAUUAUUGCUCAAAGUGUAUCAUUAAGACAAUCCUAUUAGAAUUAAAUCUGGUUUUAUAUUAUUAAGAAAGAUUUUUCCUUUUUACCUAUUACACCAUAAUACUAAUAACACACUAAAGCGAUAAUAUUUUAAAAUCAUACUUUAUAUUAUUGUAAAUUUGUUAAGAUAAUAUGAAUACUUUUUUAUCUUCUGAACAUAAAAUGCUGUAAAAAAUAGUUCAGUGCUAUUAUUUCCUUUGUAUGUAUUACUCGUAUCUCUUUUUUCCUUUUUUUUAAUGUUUAUCUAGAGCUUUAUCGUUAUCAAAUAUAUUUUUUGGGAAUACCUAGUCAUUUAUCUUUCAAAAUAUCAGUAAGAAAAC